UUAAUGAGUUCCACAUUUACGAGUCUGAAGAUGAGACGUUCGCCUUUGAUUCCGUUGUUGAUCGUUGUCCUGUGUAUGGCGGCAGGAGCAUGUCAGACACUGCUGGAUCCUAUAAGCAGAGCCUGUCGCGGAUGGUAAGCGGACGCGAAUCAGGCGAAGGCGCUGUCCAGGAACGAGUAUCCUGCAGGAGGGCUCCUGAUGGUGCUGGCUUCCGUGCCCGCCGGGGUCAAGGGCUUCUUCAAGUUCUACCUGUGUCUGGACGACGACGCUGGGCAGGAGGAGUGCCUCAACAAGAAGUCCCUCCAGUUGGCUGACGGGUCCGGCGACACUUUCGACCUGAGCAAAGUGGUGAAGGAGGGCAGCUACGAGAUCCCGCUGACCAUCCCCGAUGACGUGACCUGCGACACCUGUUCUGUCCAGUGGCAUGUGGAGGUGGAGGACUGUGGAGACAAUGCAGGCUGCUCACUCAUAAGCCAGGAUUCCUGCUUUGACGUCAAGAUCCGUCAGGCCAAGAAAGAGGAAAAGAGGUUCUUUAGGAUGAUCUUUGGUGCAGUGAAGGCCAUUGGAAAGGGCAUCCAUCACCUUGUCAAGAAGAAGAGGAGGAGGGGCUAGAAUGUGGUGUAGCGACCUGGCUCGUCUUGUACCCCGACGUCACGCGAGAAAAUGGGAAUAUGAAUACUUGUGGAACUCCGAGGUGUUGAGAACUGGUGCCGAGCAGACUUCACUACGAAAAUACCAAUAUCAUUGUUUUGAUAUACAAUUGGAUUGUUUAAAGUCACAGACACAGGGCUAUGUGCAGG